AAAUCCGGGUAUAUAUUUAAUUAAGUGAUAAUAUACAUAAUCGCUUUCACUCUCUCUACCAUGCACUGCGUGUGUGUUUGUGUGGUACUACUAUAAUGGUAAAAGUAAAAUUUUACCACUACUAUUGGUUUCAAUUUAUUAUUGCAUAUCUUUUUUUCCAAAAUAAGUUAUCGGUUUCAUGUUUUUUCUUACUUUAAAAAGACACAAGUUUUAAUAGAAUUAAGGCAAACUUACAAUUCAGUUGCAACAAUUAUUUUAAUUUACUCUUAUUAUAUGUUAGCGUUUUCAAUAAGUAUAAUCAAUUAUUAGUUUUCGGUCUUUAUGUUAAUGAGGCGUAUCAAAUAUAGAAAUCCCCUCUAAUUCAAAUUGCCAGGAUCUUCAAAAUGCCUUCCGUGUGUCGUUUUAUAGUUAAAAAAAAUGUGUAUUUAUUUUAUUUUAUUUUUAUUUGUCUAGAAUUACUGAGCUUUACAAUGAAGCCUGUUUUUAACCUUUGAUCUUCUGAUAAACUGUAUUGUUUGCCCUAAGAGGAAAAUCCGGUUUGGAAACCAUGCCCCCAUGCGGGCACAAACGGCAUUGCGUUAAAUGACAUAAGGCUGAUACGCUACUGUUUUGACAAUGAGAACUCUCUAAGAAAACCACGUGGGGGUUUUUUCUAUAUAAAGAUGUCUUAUCCUUUGCAUUUAUGACUUCGAUCUUCGUUAUACGUUUUAACAGACACUUGGCGUGCUGUGUUGUUUGUCUUUCGGUGUAAUUUCAAACUUCUGAAACCAAAUAUUUUUUUUUUUCGAGUUGAUACUCGUAUGUGGAAGUGAAGUCACUAAAAAGUUUUCGGUGCAUGUGUGUGAGAGAGAGAUGACAACACUGAUCCAACCCUGUCUUCCAAUGAGAGGGAAGGCCUGAGUUGCCUCUCCCCGCCCAUGAGGGGAAUCAGGCGGAGGAGGCACAAGCAGAGAGUGGAGGCAGAAAAUACUUUGAGUUUUCGCUCUCGUUUAUUUUUUCUUUUUUUCUUUAAAGACGGCCGUCAUGGUCACAUCAAAACAUCCCAUCGCCCUUUUUCUAAAAUGGAAAUAUUUAGGAGUGUGGACGUCGCGUUUUAAUUCUAUCAUGGAUACGCUACAGUGAAAGAAGUUUGAAACUUUGCCGUUCCCUGAUCCUCGGAGCGCAGUACAAUGGACUCCGCGCAGAGAAAGUACUCGGGAGGAGGGAGGCUGUGGAGGGUUUACUUUUAUCUAGCAUGGGUCUCCUGUGCGUCCGCUCAGCUCAGCUAUUCCGUAUCGGAGGAACUAAAUCCAGGCUCUGUCGUGGGGAAUAUCGCUAAAGACUUGACUCUCACUGCUCAGCGGAUUGUUCAGAGGAGGCUGCGGGUGGUCUCCGAAUCAUCAGUGCAGUACUUUGAGGUUAAGCAGACGACCGGCGAUUUGAUUAUUAAACAAAAAAUUGACAGAGAGAAUCUGUGCGAUUUAAGUUCAGCGUGUUCACUACACCUUCAAAUACUUAUGGAUGAUCCUUUAGAGAUCCAUCGCGUCGUGGUGAACGUUCUGGAUGUGAAUGACAAUGCGCCGCAGUUUUCAACCACUAACAUUUCUUUGGAGAUAUCUGAGGCGGCCGCACCUGGCACACAGUUUCGUUUGGAGAGCGCGCACGACCCUGACGUGGGUACCAACUCGUUACGCACGUAUCAUCUCGCAGCAAAUGACUUCUUUACUUUGAAUGUGGAAACUAAAAGUGACGGCCGCAAGUUUCCAGAGCUAGUGGUGGAUAAAGCUUUGGACAGAGAGAGGCAGGCCUCGUUUCGCCUGCUGCUCACUGCUGUGGAUGGGGGUCAGCCAGAGAAAUCUGGCUCAACACUUCUGCUCAUUGACAUUCUGGACGUAAAUGACAAUGCGCCCGUCUUUGACGAACCUGUAAAGAAAGUUACACUAUUAGAAAAUGCUGCGCUGGGCACUUUAGUAACGAAAGUAAACGCCUCAGACGCCGAUUCGGGUAGCAACGGGGACAUAUCGUAUCUUUUUAGUAAAUACACACCACAGCACGUUCUCAAUCUAUUCACUGUGGAUUCUAAAAGCGGGGAAAUCCGUGUAAAGGGUGUUGUGGAUUAUGAGGAGAUGAAUGCAUAUCACAUAACAGUGCAGGCCAGAGAUGGUGGCUCUCCCGCUAUGGAGGGCUCCUGUAACGUCAUUGUGACCGUCGUUGACGUGAAUGACAACGCACCAGAGGUGAAACUGGUGUCACUGACUGAGUCUAUCAGAGAGGACUCAGCACCAGGGACCGCUAUAGCAUUCAUAAACACACGGGACCCAGACCCUGGUCUGAAUGGAAAUGUUAAGCUGACCAUCACGCCAGGUUUACCAUUCAAACUCAUGUCAACUUUUGACAUGCAUUACCGCCUGGUCACAGCUGGCAACCUGGACCGUGAGACUGUCCCAGAGUACUCAGUUGUCAUCAAGGCCACUGAUGCUGGUUCCCCUCCCCUUUCAUCACAAAUCAACUUUGUGGUGAAGGUGUCUGAUGUAAAUGACAAUGCCCCCACCUUCUCUCAGCCUUCAUACUCUGUGGACAUCUCAGAAAACAACGCUCCCAGUGCCCCCAUCGCUGUCGUUUCUGCCACUGAUCCAGACCUUGGUGAAAAUGCACACGUCUCUUAUUCAAUCCUUCCAAGCAUGGUGCAGGGCUCACCCAUAUCUUCUUAUGUCUACAUCAACCCGAAGAGCGGUCACAUCUACAGCAUGCGCUCUCUGGAUCAUGAACAGCUUAAAGCUUUCCGUAUUGAGGUGCAGGCUGAGGAUGCUGGAGUGCCGCCACGGACAUCCAACGUUACUGUGCACGUGUUUGUUGUGGAUGUGAAUGACAAUGCACCAGUGAUUGUACACCCCUCCUACUCAAAAGACAAAAGAUUAGAGCUCACUGUGGCCCCAUCUGCCAGUCCAGGGCACCUUAUAAAUAAACUGGUCGCAGUGGAUGCAGACAGUGGGCACAAUGCUUGGUUGUUUUACUCAAUUGCUCCUGGACCAAAUGCUGGUAUGUUCCGUAUUGGGGCACACACUGGGGACCUCCGCACAGCUCGAAAGUGGGACGAGGAGGAAAGUGGUUCAACUUAUGACAUUGUGGUCAUCAUUCAGGAUAAUGGAGACCCACCCAAGUCCACUUCUGUGAACAUUACAAUAACUGUGGAUGAGAAGGCACCAGCCAACGAUGCUCCGAUUAUUCCUCACCACAUACCUUUCUACCAACGCAAUGGGAUGCCAGAUAUCACUUUGUACCUUAUCAUCUCUCUAGCCUGUGUGUCAGCGGUGUCCUUUAUCACAUUUGUUGUUCUCAUGGUGCGCUGCCUGAGACACCGUGGCCCAGGGCUGGGAGGCUCUGAAUGCUGCUGCUAUGGUCACCACAGGUCCAGCCGCUACCAUCAGAGGCCUAGCAAGGACCUCCACCUGCAGCUCAAUACUGAUGGACCCAUACGAUAUAUGGAGGUUGUGGGAGGUCCCCAAGAGCCACAUACACGGACCUAUAGGCCCUGCUACUCCACUAUAUCUAGCCGAAGUGACUUUGUAUUUAUGAAAUCACCCAUGCUGAGUCACAACAACACACUCAACAUGACGCUCAGCAAGAAGUACCUUAUGAACUCAGCCAGUGAGCAAAAACCUCCCAACAAUGACUGGCGCUUCACACAGGGACAAAGACCCGGACCUAGCGGUCCCCACAUGCCGUACGGUACACACAUACGAUGGACGCCGAAGAAUGGGACAAGGGCAACUGGAGGACCUGAGGUUGCCAUGGGAACUGGCCCCUGGCCCCAGCCCCCUACUGAAGCUGAGCAGCUCCAAGCCCUGAUGGCUGCAGCCAACGAAGUGAGUGAGGCUACAGCCACCCUCGGGCCCGGCACUAUGGGCUUGAGCACCCGCUACAGCCCCCAGUUCACCCUGCAGCACGUGCCAGACUAUCGUCAGAACGUCUACAUCCCAGGCAGCACGGCCACCCUCACCUCAAACCCCCAGCAGCAGCAGGCCACGGCCCAGCAGGCCACCCAACAGGCACUGCCCCCUCCUCAGGCCUCGGCUCAACCAGAGCCCCCCAAGGCCGCCCAGACUCCAGCCUCCAAGAAGAAGUCCACCAAGAAGGAGAAGAAGUAGAUGUGAAUAGGUGAAGGAAUGAUAAACCUGGGCCUGAUCUGAUGAGAAAUUAACCCUCCACACCCCACCAUUAGAUAUCUUAAAUAUUGACAGCAAAUCACUUGUGACCACAUGGGCGAUUUUGAAAGUUCUUUGAAAGUGUCUUGAAUGCCUCAAAGAAUCUGAAUGUGUUGAAAGCUGUUAGUGUUUCUAACUUGUGCUGUGCUUAAGGUCUAUUAUUGUUCACAUAACCGUUGUUGGUAGAUAUAUUUGGCUGGGUGUGGGGGGUUACUGCCCCCCGCCCAUAUUUCUUUCUUUUUUUUUUUGGCAAAAAUACAAAACAAAAACUUGGACAAAGAGAUUCAGUGUAAGCAACCUUGCUGGGAUGACAAGGCUAUACGCAGCGAUGUAUUCAGAAAUGAAAUGUUAAUGUGUUUCACGUUGGAUUUUUUUGUGCACUUUCCAUGAGGUGGAAAGUCACCUGUUGUAAAGUACGUUAGUUGCCAUCCAUUAGAUUGCUAAUAGGGUCAGCAUUGCUGGGUCUUAAAGCGUUAAGUCCUUUGACUUUAAGGCUGUUGUUUGACAAGUAUUACAAACUCUUCUGCAUGCUCAUUAAGGUUCAAACCACAUAUACUAGUUUAGAAUUGCAAACUAUGCAUUGCAAAAGCAGAGGAGGAGGACAUCUUGAAUCUAUUAUCGUCCCUCCAAUCGCAGGUCAAUAUAAUGCACAUGUAGCAUUUACUUGACACAAAAUGAAAAUUACUUUUGUAAUCGCAGUUUAAAAAAAAAAAGAUUUUAAUCUUCUGAUAUUUUUAUGACCUGAGCAUGCACCCAGAGGAAGGGCUGGCAAAGGGUGGGGGUUGCAUGGCGCUGUGUCGUGGAGUCACGAGCCAUGCUGUCCAUAUCAGUGGUACAGCAGCAGGGACUGGCUUCUUCUGCAACACCUCCAGAUGGGCACAGACAUGUCUUGCUGCCCCGCACCCCCCUGCCCUCCCCUCCUCACACUCAGCUCGUGUCCCUCCCUCAUUCACCACCCCCAUAUUGAGAGCCAAACAAAAAGAAAUGCACUGUUAGUAUUCUUAAGAUGAUGUAGGGGUUGUAAUCACUUCAGUCUUUAGGGAAACAUGUAGAUGUGGUAAACUUAAGUGCUUAGGAGUUUCUAGACAUCUUGCGGGCCUUUAGGGCCUCGAUGGAGUAUUUUCCUUCAUCAUCCUUAAGUGCUGAAGAAACGUCUUGAUGUGGCACAGUAUCAUGUCUUUUCUUUGGGAGAUAACGAUUCGAUAGCAUAGAGAAAGUGUUUGUAUAAGAUAUGAAGUUUUUACGUUGCCGUCUAUCCUUCUGUCAGACUCCUGGACACGUACAACAGCAUGAAGAAAAAAAAAGGCAGCUUGCAGGGUGGGUUAGGGAGAGUGGAAGUGAUAUGGUGAGAGGUAAACAGACUGAGGUGGCACCAUUGUAUCGAUCAGGGGGUGGGAAACAUCCUUGGCUCUACCCACUGAAUGUACAGAGGAACCACAGUUGACCUGCCCACCCCAGAAACUCUCUCAAAUGCACUGACUGUAGUAGAGGUCAACAGAGCCAAGCGCAGUUGUCCCUGUUGGUGAGGAGAUGCCACUCACAAGCCCUUUGAAAUCUCUCUCUUCCAUUGACACCAAUGGGAAACCUCAACCUCUUCACCACUCACCUCUCCCCCUCUACUCCCUAGUCCUGUGAGGCUCUUCCCCACUGUAAAUAAACACGAGUCCUGUCGAUGGUAUGAGCCAGGUGUUUGUAUAGUAGGGACCAUGUCCAACAUUUUCAAAAUAAAAGUCCCUCUCCACAAGGCGUGGCUUACUACUGGAAUGUGUUGCAUUUUGUUUUUAAGAAAAAAAAAUUAAGAAAACCACAGUUUAAAAAAAAAAACAAUAAUAAAAAAAAUUUGAGAUGUUCUUCAGCAGUUUGUGUUGCAAUGUAGUAACUAAGCACCAUGGAAGCCAACUAACACUUAAGUGUAAA